AUGAUAACAAGUGAGGAGUCGCCUCCCAAGGCAGCUGUUCACGAAGUAGAUGGAAUCUGCUCACCAGGGUUGCACGUCUUGGGCUCUAAGGAAGCCGUGACUCAACCGAAUGGCGCACUGCUUUCCCCCAAAGUACCCCCACUACUUCACGAGCCAUCCCAUCAACCUUUGAGCACCACGCUUGCAGACUCAUCGCCUCUAAAAAUAAACAAACUGAGUGCUGCACCGACGGUAACCGGGACAGAACCAACACGUCUAGACUCUAAAAAUCUUCACACGCAAAGUAAUUUAACCACAUGCAUGCUUCAGUUGCUGAAGGACGACAGCAGUUCACCAGAUAAUCACGGACUCAAGUACAUGCUCUGCCAGGGAAGCGAGCCAAACACACACAUGGCGAACAGUGAGAUAUUGAUAUCUGAUACUCUCCCCUCCUGUAUUUCACCAUCUAUGCUUGGUCUGGGGAUUACUGCAGGUCUGAGUCUCCCCCUGCUCGCUGAUAGGGAUAGUCUACCGACCUCUUCCUUGAGCAUGCAUCACUGUCAAUCUCAGCCGCAGAACAUAAACUCUACUAAUCUAUACCCUCAACUCCCAGGAUCUCACACUCUAACUCUUUUCUACGAUUUAUCUAACAUAGCUUCUAAUUCUAACGAUUUAUUAUAUUCAAAUGGAAAGCGAGCAGGAGCAGAUCACUGUUCUCCAUUCGUCGCUUUCACGGACAUUAUGCACAACACGAGUCAGGUAUCAUUGCUUCCGCAAACUUCCCAAGUUGCUGACUGGCAAAGUCUGAAAGAUCAGGGCGUCUUCAAUUCAGCUAUUGCACCUCUCCCGCCCAUCACCCCAUCUCCUCCAAACACUGCCCUUCCAGAGUAUUCUGAGAGAUUUACCGCCGGCUCGAUUAGUUCAGCUGCUGGGAUAAAAAAGUGGAAUACUGAUGAUGAGCUAACCUUCUUCCGCCUUAUAUUGUGCUACAAUGGCACAAAGUAUACUAAAUUUGCUAAGAAUUUCCCGAACAAGCCGAUAAAAAGCUUAAAUAAUAAAUGGCAGAUUGAGAAGAAGAGGGCGCAGAAAAAUAUGUAUUUGGAUUGGAAGACUGUGAUAGUCUCUAUGCUAUGCAGGUACCUCAACCUUCUAGAGCAAUCUCGAGGGAAAAACAUUCUGAGGAUUCGAAGCGCACUCACUACGGUUCUGAGCAGUAUCGAUACCACGGCCUUUUGUUCUUUUGAUAAGAGCAAUCACGCGCAGUACUCACGAAUUCUCUUUAAAAGCAUCUGCGAGAUGCUUGGAGACGAGCAACUUAAGUUUCUCGAUAUUGACCUUGCAACCCCUUCUGUCUAA